CGAGACCUCGUGGUGAGCGGACGUGCGCGCACUCGCUCCCUCAAGCCAAACUCUGAUACACGGAGGCUACAACUGACGAAAAGCGCGUCUCCCGUUUUCUCUCGCGUCUAUCACGUUAACGAGUCAUCUGUUACCUGCCAAUGAACGUUUCCAUACAGUUAAAAGGUGCUUAGUAUUCCCAGUCUAGUUUCUACAGUCAGUGGCCUAAUACCUCCCACUCUACAGUCCCCGCACAGUUAACCAGGAAAACAGACAGAGACACUUGUGGACAGAGAAACAAUGAGUGGCGGGGAACCAUGAGCCGCACCCACGCUGAGCAGGAGGACGCCAUGAAUGCGGGAAGGAAAGGCAUAUGACAGAAAGACAGACAGACACACACACAAGAUGGAAGGCAUGACAGUGACCAUCCCCGCCCCCCUCGGCUCCUCUGCAAGGAGUGAGCGAGGCUGAAGAGAGACGAAGCAGAGGAAGUAGAAGUCAAAAGUCAACACAUCCGAACACGCAGCAUGUCACCGCCAGCAGCAUGAGUGGACGAUUGUGUUCGAACGCGUGGCUGUGGCGGGGGCUUCUGCUUACCUUCUUCUCAUUCCUCUCGCCAGGGAUGUGCUCAGGAGUCCUUGGCGCCGCUGAGGACCCCCUGAAGACCCCUGAGGACCCCGCGCUGGACCCUGGGAUGGAGGUUGACCCCGCGGCGUGGAGUGACUACCUCAACAACCUUUUUGACCCCGUGUUUGACCCCAGCGUGGCCUCCAAUGUUUCCGUCGUGGAGAAACAGACGGCGCAUCUCGUAUGUAGAGUCAACAGCCUCGGCACUAAAACGGUGUCUUGGAUCCGCCACCGGGACACACACAUCCUCACGGUGGGCUCCUUCACCUACACGAGCGACGAGAGGUUCUCCGCGCUGCACCGGGAGGGCACCAACGAGUGGACGCUACAGAUCCGCCAGCCCACAGUGAGGGACACGGGGCUGUACGAGUGUCAGGUGUCCACCAAGCCCACCAGGGGGUUCCUCAUUCAUCUGGCGGUGGUGGUGCCCCAAGCGAGUAUACUCCACGCCCCUGAGAUCCACAUAGACGAAGGCAGCGCCCUCAACCUGACGUGCGUGGUGGCGCCCAGUCCUGCAGCCCCCGAGUACAUCUUCUGGUACCACAGGGGAGAGGUCAUUAACUACGAGAGUGAGGGCAGUGUGAGGGUGACGGUGAGGCAGGAGGAGGAUAGAACAGUCUCUACCCUACUGGUGGUGCGAGCUACGAUGGACCACUCAGGGGGGUAUACUUGCUCCCCCUCCAAUACCCCGCCUGCUUCUGUCACCGUGCAUGUGUUUAAAGCUGAGGAACCUGCAGCCAUGCAUACCAGCAGUGGACGAAGCUUACCACUACCCACACCCCUCGCCUGCACCGUCGCCUUCCUCCUGCCCUCCCUGCUGCUACACCCCGCACGGAUAACCUAGGCAAACAUUACAAGCUCUCCGACUGUUUUUAUCUCACCAACUGCUCUUUCUACCGCCCUGCUGCUGGUGUUGUUGCUCCUAUCAUCUCCCGUGUACCCAGCUGGCGGCCAGGGAAUCGUAUUUGUGGUUUAUGUGUGGAUGCGAAGGAGAAAAGCAAAGGCAGGCAUAGAGCGCCGAGCAUAAAUGGUGGCAGCGGUGGGAUACACGCCACGCCACGCCACAGUACGGUACGCUAGGAUGGGAUGGGGCUACGGUGGGUUGGGUGGGUGGGCUAGGUGGUUUGGGGUGGGUUAGGUGGUGGAAUCGAUGUAAUCUUGUGGGAAGGUGUGUUUGUCAAUGAGAUUUGCAGUAUUGCCUUUGACUCUGCACCAUAUUUAUUCCACCUACCUUGCUCCUGUGUGUGUGUGUGUGUGUGUGUGUGUGUGUGUGUGUGUGUGUGUGUGUGUGUGUGUGUGUGUGUGUGUGUGUGUGUGUGUGUCCCACCUGUGCUGCCACAAAGACGUGAUAGUGGCGCUACCUUAAUGAGAUCAAGAAAAUGGAAAGGAGGAGGAAAAGAGGAGGGGGAAAAAAGAUGGUGAGAUGAAAGAAAAAAGAAUUAAUGGUGAGGAAAGAAAUGGACAAUGAAGAAAACGGAGGAUAGAAUGUGCGAGAUAAUUGAAAAGAAAAUUGAAUGAGGGGGUAAGAGGAUAAGAACAAGGAAGGAGGGUGUGAACAAAAUGACUAAACGAUCAGUGGACUCUUACGUUUUCUAUGAACAGUGAGUGAAGAAAAAGAAGGGGAGACUCAAGCAAUAGAGAGAAAACGGGAAGUCAUCUUUUUCACUUAUAAAAUGCUACAGGAAAUAAUAAAUAAGUGUUUCUAUUAAUGGAACUUAAGUGUUGUAAUGCUGUCAAGUGUUCCAUUAAGUGGCUAUUACUACUACUACUACUUCUACAAUCACAACUAAGAAUUCUACCACUAUCCUAUGACCACUACUACCACUGACCAAUGUCUUUCUACUACUACUGUUACUACUGUUUGCUGUACUACAACUACUACUACUACUACUACUACUACUACUACUACUACUACUACUACUACUACUACUACUACUACUACUGCUACUACUACGAAGCUUAUAAGUGUUGGCAAGUGUGAGGUCAACGCCGUGACCUACUUAAAGAAAAUGUGAAGAGGAGUUCUCGACAAAUAAAUAGUGCGAGUGUUGCAAAGUUUAAAGUGUCUUGUGGUGAUGGUGAUGAUGGUGGUGGUGGUGAUGAUGGUGAUGAUGAAAGUGAUGAUGACAGUGAUGGUGAUUGUGAUGUAGAUAUUAAUUGUGAUGAUGAUGAUAACAAUAAUGAAGAAAAAAGUCAUAAAACAGUAUAAAAAAUAUGACGGUGUUUUUGUGGAACUGUUCAUACUCAGCAGUCAUAAACCAACUGACAAACAAACAAACCAAUAUGACAAACCUGAUAAACAAAAGAUGCAGAGAUAAUCAAAACACACACACACACACACACACACACACACACACACACACACACACACACACACACACACACACACAAUAGAAAUUAAAAUCACCUUUCCCUUUUCCUAAAAUAUCCUUACAUGAGCAAAAAACACAAAUUCCCUCAAAUAGACCAGAAAUACCCAAAAAAUUAACCCAAACUCAAAAAAUCACUUCAGAAAACACAAGAAACCCCAGUUAAACCGAAAAAAGUAAAAAAAUCCCUAAAAAUAUUUUAAAUAUCACCAAAUGUCCCUAAAAUUCCCAGAAAAUUAUAGAAAAUGCCCCAAAGACAGUAAAAUUCCCUGAAACUAAGAGAAACCACAAAAAAAUCUCCCAAAAACUAAGAGAAACCCUUUAAAAAAACGCCUUAAUAUUCCAAAGAACCCAGAGAACCCCUUAAAACAUACACAACAAGCCCAGAAAGGUCACAAAAUAUUAGAUCCCAUAAAAAGUAUCCCAGAAAUUACCAAAACUCCUUAAAAACUUUCCAAAAAACACCCUAGUAAGUCUCCAAAAUUCUUAUUACACUCAAGACCCUAAUUCACGACAAAAGACCCAGAAGUCCCAGCACAGAACCCCAGAGGAACCAUAUAAUCCCACUAAUCCCCACUAAUCCCCAGAGGAACCACAUACAGGUCCUAGAGAACCCCAUUAAUCCCCAGAGGAACCACAUACAGACCCUAGAGAACCUCACUAAUCCCCAGAGGAACCACAUACAGGCCCUAGAGAACCCCAUUAAUCCCCAGAGGAACCACAUACAGGCCCUAGAGAACCCCACUAAUCCCCAGAAGCCUUAGAUAGACCCCAGAGAAUCCCAGUAACUCCAGUAAACUCACAGAAGCCAAAUAAAGACCCCAGAGAACCCCAGUAAUCCCCUAGAGAACCCCAGCAGCCCUGACAGAACCCCACAAGUUACCCAAGAACAUUCCAGCCUCCUUCUAUAAAACCUCAAGAGCAUUUUGCAAGAGAAACCCCAAAAAAGUCCAUUAGGAAACCUAGAGUACCUCAUCCCCAUAGAAGGCCAAAGGAGCAUCAUGGGAAGGCCACAAUAGAACCCCAGAAAUCACCCUAGAGAAUUCCAGUAACCCAAAGAACUCAGAAACCCCUAUAAAAACCUCAGAGAAUCCCAAGAUCCCUGGACAACCUCAGAAAACACUAAAUAUCCCAAACAAACACAGAAUCCUCGAAAACCUUAUAGAACCCAUGUUAAACCACAACGAAACCCACAGAAAAUCCCAUAGAACCCUAGAAACCACCAAAGAAGCCCAGGAACCAAGAAAGAACCAAAAAAAAACCCACAAACAAACCUAUUAAAACCCCAAGGAGCCCCACAGAUAACAAAAAACAAAAAAAAACAUAGAAACCCGAAAUAAACCCUUAGAAACACCAAUAAAACCCAAAAGAAUUCCUGGUAUAACACAAACAAAAAAAAUAAACCUACAGAAAACACCAUUUAAAGCCCCAAAGAACCUCAAUAGGGCCCAGUAAAGUCAGAGCCCUAAAAUUUCCACCCCAGAGAAACCCCAAGGUAAACCCCCUUAUCCCCCCAACCGCCCCCCGAACCCCAGAGCUGCCUGAUGUCAUGACUAACGAAUAAUGGACUUCUUUAUUUUGUAAUGUUGUUGUCAAGUGAGUGUUGUAAAUAACGUAUCCACUUGUGUAUGUAUAAAUGUACAGGCCAGACCUCACCUCACUCCUUACCUUCUUACCUGUCCUUGCCUCACCUGACUCAUUCUCUCACUUUUUCUUGUCUCUCCUACCUCUUCCUCACUUUUCCUUGUCUUACCUUGCCUUACCUGGCUUUCUCCUUGCUUUACCUUGCUUCACCUGACUUUAAUUUAAUUUCUCCCUUGCUUGGUUUCCUUUCCUUCUGAUUUUCAUUGAUUGUCUCCCUUGCUUUUUCCUUGUCUCACUUAAUUCUUCCCCUUACGUUCCUUCGCCUUACCUGACUCUCUCCCUUACUUUUCCUUGCAGUUCCUUAAAUAUCCUUACUCUUCCCCUGACUCUUCCUUGCCUCACCUUGGGUUACCUUCAUCUUCCCCUUACUUUUCCUCGCCUUACCUGACUCUUUCCCUUAUUUUUCCUUGCUUUACCUGACUCUACCUUGCUUUCCUUUACCUGUCUGACUCUUCCUCUUACUUUUCCCUGCCUUACCUGAUCUCAUCUUAGCUUAAUCUUUUCCUCACUUAUUUUUCCUCCCCUUACUCUUUCCCUCAUUUAUUUUUCCUUCCCUCAAUUUACUUUACCUUGUUUAUCCUUCACCUCACCUUCCUCUUUCCCAUAUUUUUUUCCUUCCCUUCCUCUUUCCCUCACUUUUCCUUACAUUUCCCUACUUUACCUUGCUUAUCCUUCAUCUCACCUUCCUCUUGCCCAUAUUCUUCCUUCCUUCAAGUGACCUUACUCUUCUUACUUUACCUGCCCCUUUUCCUUAUUUUUCUCUUACUUCACCUUUCCUUUCCUUCCUUUUUUUCUCUCCCAUUCUUUCCUUCUCACCUUUUCACACAUACUCCCUCUUUUCUUACUUUCUUCUCUUUCCUUCCUUUUUCCUUCUCCUCUCUUCCUUCCUCCUUCAACACAAACUCCAUCAUAAUCUCCCCCUUUCUUCUCUAUCCUUCCUUUCCUCCCCCUUCCUCUUCUAUUCCUUCCGCUACCUUUUCUCGCUUUCUUCUCUCUCUUUCCAUAUCUAUUCUAUCAUUCCCUCUCUCUCGCUCUUCCAGCUUCUAUACACACUCCAUCCCUACGCCAGCCUAUUCCAUACACAUUCUCGUAAAUAUGUAUAGAUAGCAACAUGAAUACACAGGAUUAUGUAUAAAGUGACAUCCUCCUCCUCCUCCUCCUCCUCCUCCUCCUCCUCCUCCUCCAUCUCGUCUCUUUAAUGGGAUGAAUAACUGUAUAUUCCCCACACUUCCAAUCAUACACCUCUAUACAUGAAUAUAAAGGCGAUAUUGCAGACAUAAAGCAUCUCUCUCUCUCUCUCUCUCUCUCUCUCUCUCUCUCUCUCUCUCUCUCUCUCUCUCUCUCUCUCUCUCUCUCUCUCUCUCUCUCUCUCUCUCUCUCUCUCUCUCUCUCGUUUCAGUACAUAUUUUCCCAUGUACAGUGUAAGUAUUAAAUCUACGUACAUACAUACAAACAUGUGUACUCUCAUGUGUGUGUGUGUGUGUGUGUGUGUGUGUGUGUGUGUGUGUGUGUGUGUGUGUGUGUGUGUGUGUGUGUGUGUGUGUGUGUGUGUGUGUGUGUGUGUGUGUGUCCAAAACAGACCUCCCAAACAUUUUUAUAUAUUUGUACAAAGCUGUUUCAAGUCAAUAAAGAUGUAUAUAACUAUUA